AUGGCGCCUGUAUUCUACCGAGACAUUGAUACGGUCAAGGAGCAUGUGAUACCACCAGAGUCAGGAACGGUCGUUUCGUCGGCGGCGAAAGAAGCAGCUAUGAGUCCAAAUGGUAGUCGUGUAUCGCAGAUUGUGGGCGAUAACAGAUUGUGGGACGGCAUUUCAGUGAGAACACCCACUUAUAUGCUUGGGCUAUUUGAGAAUUGGAGGACCAAUAUCAAUUUUCAAGUCGCCAGGGCGUGCGAUGCGCUUGAUAAAGCGUCAAGCAAGUAUUACAGGGAGGAAAGGAGAAUCACAACCACGAUAGCCAAUUUGCAUUCUGACCCAAGAGAAGAGUUACUACCAGGAUUAACAUACUCGCUAGUUGCUGCAAUGUCGGGUUCCAUUUUGACCAGAAACAAGAAUAUACUUUUCCGUUUGACUGCCCCAAUUGCGUUUGGUGCUGCAUGCUGCUCUUACGUUUUGCCCGUGACUUUUGGAAACACCAUGGAUUUGCUUUACGGGCUCGAAAAGGGUGUUUUUCCACGGUUUGCCGAUGGGCAAAGAGCAGUCUACGUGAGGGUCCACGACCUUAUGACAAAAUCGAUAAACGGAGCCGAAAAAAUUACUUCUACCGUAUCUUCAUCACUGACCUGUUCAAUGCGCACGAUCAAGGACUGGACGGGGCUUAAUGUCUAG